UUAUAUAUAGUUUAUUAUUUAAUAUUUUACAUUUAAUUUUGGACAAAUAAACUGUAGUUAAAUAUUAAUUUUAGAAAAUUUAACCAAAAUGAAUAAGACGGUGGUGUACGCGGCCCUAUUCACCCUGAUCCAGGCGUCUGUGCAGAUUGUAAUGAGUUCGCUGGCGAUAGCUCAGUACUUCUGCCUCAUUGACUUCCUGCGGGAGUUUCCGCUAUUAAUUUUCAUCAAAAUUCUUUAUUUUCACAAUCCCGACUCUUGCGGAACAUUAGUAAACAUCGGGCAUGCGUUGGACCAGCUGAGCAACCAGGCAGUGGUGCUGGUGACUAGACAGCCGCUUUCUGUCACCAGGACGCUCUACGUUAACUCUUGUAGCCUGGGCCUGGGUGUCGGUUGGUGUCUGGGGAGCAUUGUUAUGAUGAGGAGCGGUCAAAACAAAGAUAAAGUAAUGGUGUGGCCGUGGGUGUUGAUGACUGUAGCCGUGUGUACAUUGGACUUGAUCGCAACUGUUAUAUUCAUUAACGACACAUUUUACACGAAAACGUUAGCCGACAUAAUGACCUUCAUAGGGGCCACGGCAAGCGGUGUCAGAAACAUAGUGGUUGACACAAGACUGACGGCGUGGACCAUGGUGCUCUUAUAUUCACGUUUUAUAAUAAUUUUCGUAAUCAAUGUGAUGCUUGUUAUUCUGGUGGUAUUGAAUCGGUUAGCAAAUAAAACCAUGAAGGAGUCUGAGAAACUGAGUAACUCUAUGCCCGAGGCAGUGGUCCCAUCAACAACAACAGGCACACCCCAAAGUGAGAACAUGGUGGACAUCGAUCUUUAUACACCCAGUCUCCCAAGGCACCAACAGAUACCCCGGGCAUUUUAUAGCAAAAAGAAGUACUUAGUGAAAGGUGUGCCAGACUUGUGUGCAUACAACACGAGCGGCGUGUACUCCCAGCCGACAAACGAGACGACAGUCAAUCGAGAUGAAGUGGAUCAUGGCCAUACGAACCAUGCUAUUGUUGAUCAAUUACAAUCUACCAACCAACCAAGCACAAGUUACAGUAACGAGUAUUCCAGUCGCCAACCGGCAACUGCAGAACUAACAGCGCAGUUGCCGUGGACCUACAUUCCGCUAACAAUGCAACCCGUUCAACCCGUACCAGACGAAGUGCCUCCGCCGUUAAAGGGGUCGCUGAUUAAAAAAAGAAAAGAAGCCAUUUUAAGCAGCCUGUCGAGCCACUCGGUGACGACGCCCACAUUUAAAUGGGACAAGGGCCGCGCAGUAGCCGACAGCGCAUUUAUGUUUAUUUUACCAAAGAUAAUAUUUAAGUUAAUCGUAAAUAGCAAACGACUGAAAGUAAAAAGUAAAAUGAAUAAUGAAUCACAUGAGUAAAUAAAUGGUACAUAGACAAAGCUUCGUAUGAACUUGCAAAUUUUUCAUUCUUUCAUCAUUUUUCACCCAGGGUUGUUACAAAUUAUAUAUAAUUUAUUUAUCUUAUCCUAAUUUAUCUCUGUGAUGUUGAAUUACGAUAUUUCUAAAUUUUUUGUAAAAUUUUUCAUACACACAGUGCAAUAAACAUCUAUCAUUAAUAAUAAAAUAAAACGUUGUUCCAUAAAAAAGAAUCCAUGUAUAAAAAAAAGCUUGCAAUAUAAAAAACAAACAAACAACCAUGAAAUUGUUCAUCUGUCAAAAUGUCUGUGAAAUCCAAAGGUGAAAUAAGUAGAAUAUAUACGAGACGAUGGCCUGGAGCCGUAGUCUGGACAGUUUGACGGUAUAUCGAUGAACAGCUAAUUCACAAUAUUAUAGAGUAGUUCAGACUGGUCUUCAAAUUCUAAAACUAUUCCUGUAAUUAAUUCACGCUAUGAUUAAAAAGUUUAUUUUUCUUACCAUAGAGUUACUCAGUUUCUCAGACUCCUUCAUGGUUUUAUUUGCUAACCGAUUCAAUACCACCAGAAUAACAAGCAUCACAUUGAUAAAAAUUAUUAUAAUACGUGAAUAUAAGAGCACCAUGGACCACGCCGUCAGUCUUGUGUCAACCACUAUGUUUCUGACACCGCUUGCCGUGGCCCCUAUGAAGGUCAUUAUGUCGGCUAACGUCUGAAAGUUUAAUUGAUAAACAUAAGGCGUAAAAAUCAGUAGUGGUAUUUUGUAUAAAACCAUGUUCAAACUUCAAAGUUGAAUCUAUAUGUGAAAAAAAUAAAUCUUCUCUAAGAACAAUAUAAACCCCAUAAAAACGUAUUUUCUCCUAUAAAUUUCCAUACAAUAAACAAUCACUCACUUUCGUGUGAAAUGUCUCGUUAAAGAAUAUAACAAUUGCGAUCAAGUCCAACGUAAACACAGCUAUAGGCCGGGAGAUGCUGACACAAAAUUUUUCUUUUUGUCAUUGCGUACUAAGACCCCUGUAGAACCGCCAUACUGUUACAAAUGACUCAAAAUUUUGUGUCAGUAUCUCCCGGUCUACGUGGUCGUUAAAAACGAUGACAUCUUCCACGUGACACACAUUUGUAUGUUACAUGUGUAAUGUGCUGGUAAUAAAGGAACCGAUUUGCGCGGUUGUAUGAAGCUUUGUCUAUGUACUAUUUGUAUACUCACGUGCAGUAACGUUUGCUCAUAUAAUAUUAUUGUUAAAUUAUUGUUUGUAUUAAUAAUUGUCUGACUGUUAAUUUAAGUUUAAGCACAGAAUAAUUACUAGUAGCUAGCUAGUUUAAGUAAAAUUAGUUGGGUUUUUAGAAUUACUAAGUGAGCGACUGACUGCGAGUGAUGAAAAAUCAAUAGAACAGCGACUUACAAUAUUAAUUUGUAUGAAAUGAGCAGCUUCGUAAUAUUAUGAGCGACUUAAUAUUUUUACAGUGACAAUAUUACGUCCUGUAUUUGUUUUGUUGUUUAGCCAAUGACGUAGUUAUAAAGCUUGAAAAAUGCUUUAUUGAACAGUCUGACUACAAUUUUUUUAAAAUAACGAUUUUAAGAAGAGCUAUUAGCCGAUAUUUUUAUUUUUUUAAAAGCAGGUAAUUAUGUGCAACAACGUACUUAUUCUAAAAAAAUAUUACUUACUUCAAUCAAAUGGAUUUAUUAUUAUCAAGUUAUUAAAACUAUCUCACCCAUCACUCGCUAAGUUUAUUUGUCAGGCGCUCGUUUUAUUAUUCUGAUGUAAAAAUACAGUAUCUAAUCAUAAUUUGGCAACAAAUUAAGUAUUUAGUAUCUGUAUUUUAAUAUUUACUAUGUUGCUUCUCUAUAUUAAUAUAAAGAUGUUAACUAAGUACUUUUGUGUGGUUGUUUUUAUGUAAAAAAAUGUAUGGAAUUAUUAUGACUUUUGUAAUAAAAUAUGACACAAUA